AUGCGACAAGCAUUCUUGAUCUUGCGAAGAAGGGCAACUGCCCUUGGCAUCCGCCAUUGUCGGGGGUCUGUUGUAAAUACUCAAUGGCUGUCAAGCCGACUAACUGUCCGGGCCCAGUCAACAGGCCAUAAGCACAACUACCAACAGCGUGACCAGGACGGAAAGCCCGCGGACUCGCAAUCUUGGACGGCGGCCAGUCGGAUAUUCUUGGCUUCCACAUUGGCUGCCGGCCUAGGAUAUGGCUAUGCUUCUUACACACGCGAAGUCCCCAAGACAGCCAAGGGCCCUCGGUAUGGGUCUGCACAGGAUUUUGAAAAGGCAAUUGCAGAGCUGAGACUCAAACUUGGAGAUGACGCGGUCAGUACGGACGAAGAAGACCUACAGUAUCAUGGGUAUUCGGAAUGGUCAAGCCUCAAUGCUGAUCGACUCCCUGUUGCCAUCGCCUAUCCGACCAGCACCGAGGACGUUUCCGAGAUUGCCAAAAUCUGCUCCAAGUAUCGAAUGCCCAUGAUCCCCUUCUCUGGCGGCUCAAGCCUAGAAGCCAAUUUCUCCGCGCCUCAUGGUGGGCUUACCAUCGACUUUGCCAAGAUGAACAAAAUCUUAGCAAUCAAUGAGGAUGAUCUGGAUGUCGUUGUUCAGCCAUCCAUUCGUUGGAUGGACUUGAACGAAGAGAUCAAGGAAACCGGACUAUUUUUCCCAGUCGACCCUGGACCACCAGCCAUGAUUGGGGGUAUGGUGGGUACCAAUUGCAGUGGCACAAAUGCAGUACGCUAUGGUACGAUGAAAGACUCGGUUGUCAAUUUGACGGUUGUUCUCGCCAACGGCGACAUCAUCAAGACUCGGAAGAGACCCCGGAAGACAUCUGCUGGGUACAAUCUAACAGGGCUAUUUGUGGGCUCGGAGGGAACACUGGGUAUUGUGACGGAAGCCACGUUGAAGCUGGUCCCCAUACCGGAGUUGACCCGGGUGGGAGUUGUUGCAUUCCCAACAGUGCGUGACUGCGCCUCGACCGCCAUGCAACUGAUCAAAAAGGGCAUUCAGGUUCAAUGUAUGGAGAUCAUGGAUGAGGUUCAGAUGGAUGUGAUCAAUCGUGCAGGUGGAACCGGGAAGACUUGGAAGGUCACGCCUACACUAUUCUUCAAGUUCAGCGGAACCACCGCCGGCGUUGCCGAUAGCAUCAAUUUAACCCGGCAACUUGCCAAGAGCAACAAUGCAAUGGAAUUCAUGUUUGCCAAGACCGAACAAGAAGCUCAUGAUCUAUGGUCAGCCCGCAAGCAAUCCCUCUGGAGUAUGAUGGCGUUACGCAAAGAGGGCUCGGAGGUUUGGUCAACGGACGUGGCCGUGCCACUUUCCAGGUUACCCGACAUCAUCGAAAUUUCAAAGAAGGAGCUCGACUCUCUGGGCAUGUUCGCUAGUAUUCUGGGACAUAUUGGCGAUGGCAAUUUCCACGCAAGCAUCAUGUACGACCGGAAAGACGCUGCGGAACUAGCUCGAGUUGAAAAGGUCGUCUAUGAUAUGGUUGACCGGGCCCUGGACAUGGAAGGCUCUUGCACCGGAGAGCAUGGAGUGGGUCUGGGGAAGAAGGAAUCCCUGAAGAAAGAACUUGGACCGGCUACAAUUGGAGUCAUGAGAAGUCUGAAGCGCUCUCUUGACCCUCACUGGCUCUUGAAUCCAGGAAAGAUCUUCGAUUGGGAGGACGAGCACUGGGAAUCUUGCAAUGGGCACGCAAGGAAAGUUUGA